GAUUCAUCAUUCGCUAUGAUUGUAUUGUGUUGUGUUCUAGUGAUAAUAAACCUACUGACAGUCUAUUUCAAAUAAAGGUGUUUUAGAUAUAAAUUAAUUUAAUUUAAUUAGACACAAGUGUUCAUUUGUGAAAAUUUAAAAUACAUAAUGUGGGAUCCAACUCAUGUUCAAGUAACAGUGCAAAGAGCUCGUAACUUACUUAUAAAAGGUAAGAACGGUACAAAUAACUGUUUUGUUACCAUCUCUUUGGGCAAGGAAAAAUUUCAAACUUCUGUUAAAAUCAAAGCAACCGAAAACGUUGAGUGGUUUGAAGAAUGUGAAUUGCAUAUACCUUCACAUGGAAAUACAGCCGAAAUUGUUUUAAAAGUCUAUUGCGAAGAUUUAAUCAAAGAUCAUUUAUUGGGUCAAAUUUCGAUUCCGUUAAAGGACCUAGAUGUAUAUGAACGUGCGAGAAACCGAUGGUAUCCUUUACGGGGGAAGCCUGGAAAAGAAGAUAAGAACAGAGGUGAAUUGGAAGUAAAAAUAGCGUUCAUUGUUAAAGAAGGCAGUUUGAAAGAUCUUUCAAAAAAGGAUAAACACAAAUCAUCGUUAUCAAGUCUCGCUCAAAAUGUUGGAGGUAGUCUUAUGAGCAUCGGAAGUAUAGAGAAACGAAAAAGUAUAAAGAAAUUAGCAAAAAAUUUGGGUUCCAAAAUGAAUCUUACUAAAAAGGAUAAGAAAAAUGACUCAUCUUCUCUGGGCGGCAGUGUUGGUAACCUAAGGAGUUCUAUGCUAUCUACACCAGACACUUCCACACCUAAAAGAUCCUCUGGAGAAGCUGAUCCUGGAGUAAUUAGUGAAGAUGAGGAUGAAUUUGCAUUUGAUGAUCUAUCCCAUAAAAGCUCAGGCAGUUCACUAAAUGUGCAAACAUCAUACAUGCCACGUAUAGCCAAGUAUACACCAUCCCCAGUAAAUGCUUCACUUGAAAAUCUAGGAGGAGGAGAAUUUCUUAGAAGGUCUACAAGCAGCACAUUAGCAACAACAGAAAAAUCUGCCCCUCUCAAACCUGUUCGUCUCAGUCUCGAUACAUUCACUGCUCCACAAUUGCCUGUUCAGGGUCUUGACAAAAAUGAUGAAUGGUCACAAAAAUUAGUGCCCCGCAAAUCUAUGAGUCAAUUGGCAAUUGAUAGGGAAAAGUCAUCAAGCCUUGAAAGGAACAAAAAAUUAGACAGUCCUAAUUCACUGAAAGAAAAGCCUAGCCCAAAGUUUUUCAAAAAGUUUGGAAAUAAUAAUAAACCCAAAAAAUUGUUAGAGGAACGUAUUAUUGUUGGUGAGGAAAAUAUAGUUGAAGAAGACAGUAUUAAUCCUGCAUACAAUAGCAUUCCUAAGACAAUCUUGCAACAAUUUGAAGGGAUGCCACGUGAGGAUUUGAUAGUAUUGAUUUAUAAUUUGCAAAAGGAUGUUGAAUCAGAAAAAAAGAAAAACAAGGAUCUUGAGAAUUAUCUGGAUGAUUUAUUGCUUAGAGUAAUGGAAACAACACCAAGAAUUUUACAAAAUCCAUAUGUGCGCAAUAACAGCAUGCAUAUUAGAAACAAAUGAGCCAAAACUUAAAAUAGAAUAACUUAUUGUUGGCCUUUAUUUACUUUUUCAAGUUUAAUUGAGAUAUUGAAUUGGUUCAAGAAUUUUUGCAUUGAAUAUAUAACUUUUUCCAACCAUGAUAAAUAAAUUUUCAAAUAAGUAUUUGAGUAAAUACACUAUAAACAUGUUACAUUCUUGUAACAGAAUAUUAUAUAGUGUAAUUUAAAACAAGACAUAAUAUUGCGUCCGAAACAGUGCCUUAAAGAUUUUAUAAGUCUGUGAUAAAAAAAUUCACAUUCAGGGAUUAUCAGUUGAAUCUUUAUUUACACUAAUUUUGUUAAAUGAUUCUCUGUUAUUGUUUUACUAUAAAUAAAACUGUAUUCUAUUGGUCUAUGAUAUCAUUGUUAUAAAACAACAGUUAUUGUUAUUUAGAUAGUAUUGUUUUUAGAAUAAAUAAUAUUUUCUCUUCUUUGAAGGUAUUGUUUGUGUGCCAAACAGUCAUCUACUAAAAUAAAAAUAACGGCCAUAUCAAACUGUUUUUGGGAUUGUACGAUAUACUUGCUUCAAAUUUACCAUGUUAUAGCUAUAGGUAAUAGAUGAUUUGUGAUAAUUUUUUUUUUAUAUAUUUCACUUUCAAAACUGUUUGGAAAUUAGAUAUCAAAAGCAACCUAAACAUCUAAUAAAAGUAAAGUAUUAUUACUGUUAAGUUCAAGUACCUAAGUCUAACCAGGUAAAAGCUAUUUUAUUUCGAAGAAGUGUUUUCUUUGUUGAUUAUAAAUGGACGAUAAAUCAAUAAUUUUACAGCACUAUCACUAAUUUUUAUCUAUUCAUAGUUGGUUGUUGAUUUUGUGAAAAUUUUAGAAGGAUACCUGUCAAGUUAUAAUUAAAAACAAUUGUUAAAAAUGUACAUUUCUAAAAUUAUAUACUACCUUAACUUGGUUAUUUUCUAAUUUUGAAAUUAUUCACUUAGCCUUGGUUUAUACAGCGUCUUUUACUAAAACUUAAAUGUUUGGUAAAUUUAAUUUUUAGUUUAAUAGCAUUGAAAUGCUUUAUAAAUGAGAAAUUUUGAAAGAAUAGAAAAAACCGUGCCUUGUGAUCAAAUUUUUUCUAUUCUUUUAAAAUUUCUCAUUAAACGUUUGGUAUUGAAUAAGAAUUAAAUUAUUACUUUAUUAGGGUUCAAUAGUAAGAUUUGGUAUUGAAAAAACCUAAUCCCACAUUAAAUACUUAAACCAUGUUUAAGAAUAAUAUGUUAGUGCAAAUAUACUUGGGUACAUUCCCUUGUGCAAUAAGUUUAGUUUAAGGAAUAUAAAAUAAGAAUAUUUUAAAGUUUUUAAAUUGUUGUGCAAAUAUAUUUAUUACCAACCUUAAUUAUUUAUAAAGAUGAAUGGUUGCUAAAUUAACAUAAUGUCUACAGUUUACACUAACAUUCAUCUUUAUUGAUAUAUGAUUAACUCAUUACCUUAUUAUUAAGUUGAUUUAAUUUAUAAUUAGACAGUUGUGAAUAUGCUUUAUCUUCAAAUUAUUGCUUUUUAAUCUAUGCUUAAAAGCAUAAAGUGAAUGUUUUAACAUUAAUCUUCAUGGUAUUUACACACCACUUAACAUGUAUGUUAUAGUAUCAGGAGAUACUGUUUUCUCUUUAUAUUAGUACUAUCUAAAAAGUUUAAGAGAAUAUUAUGUUCUACCUGAUAAAAUGUAGAAAAUCUGCAUUCAUAUAAAAGUUGAAAGGAAUGUGUGGUUUAUACUGUUAUAAAACUUGAUAGAUUAAAAUAAACAUUUUUUCAAAUAAAAAAA